CCGGAAGUUUUCACGUAAACAUUAGGUAGCCUAAAAAAAAAUAGCAAGCAAAAAUAUUCUGCAUUUUACAUCAACAAGAACACAUUAAGCCAUGUCUUCAAGCAACGUAAAAGACUCUAGCUUCUUGGGAGGUAGAAUACCGCCGGAAAUAGAGUCAAUGUCGAAAAACCUGAAGGAUGUGGAUCAAGAGUUAUUUAGAAAACUCCUCAAAGUUGUGGUCAGUGCUCUGGAGGGCAAAGACUGCAGGGAGGUGAUGAAGUCAAUUGCUGAAAGCAGCGUCAUCCCGCAAGAGAGGCUCAGUCACAUCAUCGCGGGGAUGCACAGAGUUCUCUCAGAGGCCAUCCGCAUCCCAGCAUCCCUACUGAAGCAGGAGGCCUUUAAGGAAGAUCUGCGAGAGCUUAGGAUACCAGAAGACUUCAUCACAGAUUUCUCCAGUGUGGUUUUUGGAAAUCGACGUCCGGCUCUGGAAGCGGCCUCCUCUCAGAAUGACCCUCACCUCCCCACGUUGGAGGAAUUCAAAUGGAGAGUGGACGUUUCCAUUUCUACAAGCUCGUUGGCCAGAGCCCUGCAGCCGUCCGUUCUGAUGCAGCUGAAGCUGUCAGAUGGGAGCUUCCAGCGAUUCGAGGUGCCCGUGUCAAAAUUCCAGGAGCUGCGUUACAAUGUCGCUUUGAUUCUUAAAGAAAUGAACGACUUGGAAAAAAGGAGCAUCCUGAAGAUCCAGGACUGAUAAGAAAUCCACCAAUGUCCUCAGAGACUCUUUAAACAAGAACCUGGAAAUCUGAACUUGGUGUAGGAAAUAAAACAAAAAAAAAAAGCUUUCCGCUCUGAGUGUGUUGGCAUCCAACACACCACAGAUUUUUUUUUUUUUUCAUUAUUUUGAAAGAACGACCAAUAUUUGAAAUAGUACUGUAUGUUUUGGUUUAGAUUUUUUUUUCUAAACAUUAACCACAAAUAUACGUGAACACUGUUGGUGCUUAGAGACAGCUCUUGUGUUGUGCCAAAACCAAGUCAAGAAAUGUAAGUUGCCUGAGACUGAACAUGCUUGUAACAAUAAACUGAUUUUUUUGUGUUAAUAUAUAAAAUUAAAAUCAUACAGAAACAAAAAAAUCUUUCAAU